AACGCGGCUCAAGUGGGGAUCGGGGAUUUCUAUUGGAGAAGUAAUUUCUGCCUAUCUUCAUACUGUACUGUCUUUGACGUAAUUUAUCUCAGUUUGGAUAUGCGGAAAACUGUAACUUCGAGUUUCAUUUGGUCAAGAGAGGUUGACUUGAAAUUCACCCACAAAAGUAGCUAGCAAGACUGGAUAAGAAGUAGACAAAUAUGAAGAGCAUUCUGUGAGGACUGACAAUAGUGGAAGCGAAUGAAAACAUGUAACGUUAGCUAGCUAUAUAUGUCUUAGUCUUCUAUCGAAUUAAUACAACUUUACAGCGAUAGCCUGCUGUUGCUAGCUUGAAGUUGAAGAAGUGGAGUGGAGAGGAGAUGAACGCUUAGCACUAUAUAUAUAUUUUUUAAUUAUAUUUUAGAAAAGUUAAUAUUACUCACUGGGACGUUUUGCUUAUGAGGACUCCGAUUCGGCGUGGAGCAGUGAGGGCCGAACCACCACAGUGAUGUCAGCUGAUGCGCUCAACCCUACCUCUCCCAACCCCUCAGUGAUGUCAACUGAUGCGCUCAAUCCUACUUCUCCCAACCCCUCAGUGAUGUCAACUGACGCGCUCAAUCCUACCUCUCCCAACCCCUCAGUGAUGUCAACUGAUGCGCUCAACCCUACCUCUCCCAACCCCUCAGUGAUGUCAACUGAUGCGCUCAACCCUACCUCUCCCAACCCCUCAGUGAUGUCAACAGAUGCGCUCAACCCUACCUCUCCCAACCCCUCAGUGAUGUCAACAGAUGCGCUCAACCCUACCUCUCCCAACCCCUCAGUGAUGUCAACUGAUGCGCUCAACCCUACCUCUCCCAACCCCUCUGUCUCGUCCAUCUCUCUGGUUGAGAUCAAGGCAGACACUCGUCUGGUGCUGAAAGCUUUCCUCCGCAGCGCACUCUCUAAUCCUUCAGCCGAGCGACUUGGGACGGUGGGGGGAAGCUACAAAGACCACAACAAGUACAGUGCAAAGGAGUCUAGGAAGCGGCCGGACAAUGGCUGGGACUCUCUGGAUGAAGCAAUCAGCUCAGUAGAGGAGAAGAAACACGGCUUGAAGGACCUCAUUAAGAGACGACUGCAGCCACGGCCCUCCAACCUGCCCCUCCGUCGCUCAGCUAAAGACAGUGGUGCAGACCAGACACAAAAUGGUGGCUCCUUGGAGAAGGACGGAAGACCAAACCGAACCAACCCAGGCCUGCCAGGCUUCUUCAGAGACCAACUCGAGGAAGACGUUAGGUUCCCCUCCAUGUCAGAUGAAGGGAACGAUCCGAAACAGCAGAAAAAGGCAAAGAAGUUGAAGAGCCAGAUCUCCUCUUUCUUCAGCAUAAAAAAGAAGCCAGAAAAGGAUAAAGACAAGGAUGAGACACGUCUUCAGAGGCCAUCCACACUGACCAUCGGCGUAGGGCCAGUACCCGGGGCGCCAGUCAUCUCUCCCACACACCCUCCUGAGUUCUAUGAGGAGGUGGCUGAUACUCUGGACAGGAUUGCUCAGCGGUCCCACAGUAUGAAGAGACCCCAAAGGUCCAGCCCACGACCCAGCCCUGCUACCACCCCGGUCAAACCUCCCCCUGAACCUGACAAAGAAGAAAUGGUGCGCCAGCUGGUCCAGGUACUGUCUAUGGAAGGGGACGCCAUCAACUACAAGAUCCAGUCGGACCCCUUCCUGCGCUUCACGCUGAACCGUCUCUCAUACCCGUCCUUCGCCAAGCUCCUGGACACCUUCGCCAGCCAGGAACAGGCCACGCCCUCACCUCUGCCACCUCCCUCCAGCAGCCCCACGCUGAGACGAGUGGCCGUCACCAUGGAGGUCUCGCGGCGUGUCGUCACGGCGACAGGGAUGCAGCGCAUGCAGGGCUACGCAGAGCGCUAUAUGGAAAACUUUGCCCCCUGGGUGAAGAGCCAUGGAGGAUGGGAAAGUAUUGUCCAGUUGGAAGAGAUUUUGGAGUGCGACUGACAAGCCUACACCAUCAAGGCAGCUCGGAAAUCCUCACUACUUCCUUUUAACGGUGAACUCUAAUCUAUGACUAAGGCUUAGAGUUGUGUCCUAUCAGGUCAGGUACAACUCAAGGCCCUUCUUGACCUCAGUUUCUCCUGUGGUGAGAGACGGAGAAGGCAUUAGCUUUUUAGAACUCUACGACACGUGAAUUAUGUCACUUGUAUUUGUCUGAGAAUCAUGUGUACUUGUACAAUUUUUUUUUUUUAUCAACGUUUUUCUAUAAACGUGUUUU